GACAAAACGAAAGAGGGUCUCUCUGUUCGGAUCUGGGAAAAGUGUUGUUCGGAUCCAUGAAUUAAGCUGAGAGUGGUUAUCUAAGUGAUACUAUACAUGGGGAUUUUAGAAAAACACUUCAGUAUGUCAAGAAGACAUGGUAGCCGUCGUUUUAAAGGACACAUCGGAGAUGCUAACUACACAAAACUGCAAAGAAGUGUCAAGAACAUUAAAAAAAACCUUUCUGUAGACCAUAUUCUGGACGAUUUAAUCAGUAAUGAAGUCUUGUCUAUAGAGGAUGGUAUUGAUAUCCAAGAGAGAGGAACAAAUCAUUCAAUGGCGGAUGUGCUGAUACGGAAACUGAUACACGUUGGUGAGGAGGGCUUCCACAUCUUUCUUGAAGUUCUUCGAGAAAAUGGUUACGGACAUUUGAUUGAGUUUGAGUCCCCUGGAACCACACAGAGAUCCCCUACAGAGUCGUCAGAUCCUAUCACAACGCAUCGCACUUUUCACCCCUCACACAGUCUAGAACACAGCCAUUCUCAUCAUGUCCAGUUUUCCGAGCCAGUACAACAACAGUUUAACACCCCUACACAACUAUCAGUAUUGCCAACACAGAAACCGCAGGGCCACUCAAUUCUUGUCAAGCCCUCCGACUUACCGCUAGAAAAGCGACAUGACCUCCCUUUGGCCACCACUAUGAAUGAGGCUGACACUCCAUCCUCUGGGAAGGAUGAGGAUGGUAAACAAGACGAAGAUGGAUAUGAUGAGGUCGAAGAGGUGCAUUGUUAUGUUGAUUUUGGACCUAAGACAGAGAACGUAAUCCUAUCUGAUCCCAUACCAUACAGAGGAAAUCCAGCAUUAUUUGAUAGCUGGUACCCGGUGAAAAACAUGGAUCGGCGGCUCCGAGACUACCCCGGAUGUCACCCAGACGUCGAUGAAAGAAAUAUAAAACGAAUCAUUAGAGAAAACAAAGCGAGAGAUGGUGAUUACGUCAUUUGGUACAGCCAAAAACGGGAGCUUCUGAUAGUCACCAUCAUAUACAAAUCUUCACCAAAAGGGAGAUACCACUACAAGGUCAAGAGGCGGCGAUCGGGGAAUGAGGUCAAAUACCGCUUCAGUUCUCAGAAGCAGACGUCAUCUGUCAUAGAACUCCUGGAGUAUGUAAAAGCAGAGGGCCUCCCUCCCCCCGUACAGAAAAGCCACUCCAACAAAGAAAUCAGCUCUAAAUAAGAGUAACUAAUUAAUGGAAAACGAGCAGUCAUGGAAUAAUCUUUGCA